UGGCAUAGACGAAAACAAAAAGGAAAUGCAGGGAGUAGAGCCGGUUCAGAAAGUAAAGGGGCAUGGUUAACUGAAAGAGGAGGUUUUCUUCUUUUCCAAGGAACAGCUCAAAAUUGAAUCCCAUCAUUAAGCAGGUAGAAAGCAGUUUAAGGUAUCUUGGAAGGAAUUCACUCUCGAUUCCUGAGGGUAUUGAAGAAAUCAACAAUGAGGAGAUAACCAGCGAAUUUGAUUUGAACCAGGAGAUAUGACAGUUAAGAGAAAUUGCUUCUCAACGCAAAACAGGGCAAGGCCUUUCUAAUCCUAAUAACUCCCUCUUGGCCAAGACAACAAUCGUAUUCUCGUCUGAUGACUAUCGACAGAAUUCCAUCAUGAGAGUUUUCUCUACACAGGGUUGAAAUCAUUCAGCUCAUACUGACCACUGCAGAAGACAUCUUACUCGUUUUAAGAGGAGCAUUCACUUCAACAUGAGUGGUCACUUAUUACAAGGCAGAGCAGUUGGAUUCCUUUACCCACAUGGCAACUUCUCUACAGAAUGCCCAAAUGGGAGCCUAUGGAUAUGGAAUGCCUUCUUUGAGUGCGCCAUAGAUGCCAGAGAUAUAGCAAGUGUGAUACUAGGAUUGUUGUCUAUUGUUUGCUUCAUGUGUGCGUCUUUACCACAGUGCUAUAGUUCCUGUAAAAAAGGAAACAUGGACCAAGCAAUUUCAAUAUGGUUCCUGAUUGGUUGGCUGGGUGGUGAUUCCUGCAACCUCAUUGGCUCAUUCCUUGCUAAUCAACUGCCAAUACAGUCUUUCACUGCAGUGUACUAUAUCCUGGCAGAUAUUGGCAUGCUGAGUCUUUACAUCUACCACAGAUGCAAGCGCAAGCAAAUUUCAUAUUCAACAAAGAUAAAUUUUGCCUGCAUAGUUACCUUACUGGGAAUAUCAUCAACUACUUCCCUUCUGUCCAGACUUGCUCCUCAGAAUUUUGAUGCUGGAGAGUUCAAAGGGCGAGCUUUGCUGUCAACACAGACAGAUGGUACUAAGAAUGAGGACUUUUCAACCUCUGAAAUUGUUGGUUUCACAAUCGGCUGUAUUUCUGGUUUAUUCUACCUUGCUUCAAGAGGACCUCAGAUAUACACCAAUUUCAAGAGGAAGUCCACAGAGGGUUUAUCCAUCAGUCUGUUUUGUUUGGCUAUGCUAGGUAACACAUCUUAUGGACUAAGCAUUCUCCUAAAGAAUCCCGAAAGAGGUCAAAAUGAGGGCAACUUUGUGAUACACCACAUUCCCUGGAUUAUUGGCAGCCUUGGGGUUCUGUCUCUCGACUGUUUUAUAUCAUUUCAGUUUUUCAUUUACAGAAAACGAAAAACUGUCUAUGUUGAAGAGCAGGUCCCAAUACUUAGUGGGUCCCUAUAAGAGUGACUACAGUUUGCACAGUGCUAAAUAUGAAACUGUCUACCUCUUCCAGCUUGAAUUUGUGCUAUCACAUUUAUUUUUCCACAUAUAAUUGGCCAGUAGUACAUUUAAACUGCUGAAAUAGUAACUGAAAACACUAAACUACCCAGUGGAAUUACAGAAAAGAAAAAGGUGCAUAUUUGAGAUCGUGUACAUUAGUCGUAGUAAUCUGGUUGACUUUUUUACCAGUAGUUUUAAAUAUUUAUAGAGACCUUUUAUUGCAUUCCCAGUAUUUGAGACCUCACAAGUGCUGUGUAAAAUAAUCCAAAGUGGUAAAUGCACAUCUACCAUGCAACAGAACCAUACAUUUUGCUGGACAAAUAGAGGCAACAUUGUGAGUGUGUCCGAGGCAUUUGUGCAACUUGAACACAACCUAACAUGGUAUUUCAACAUUCAAAUGAAGCCUGCAAGUGUGUAACAAAGUAAAAAGAAUCAGACAUUACUGGGCAUAGUAAUGCUAUGGCCAGAUUUUGAAAGUGGCUGCCUUUAACAGACUCAUGUCAACAAAACAUAUGCUUGACCAAAACGAGGCAUUCCAGUUUCCUUAAGCUCAUUUUAGGGUGUGUGUGUGUGUGUGUGUGUGUGUGUGUGUGUGUGUGUGUGUGUGUGUGUGUGUGUGUGUGUGUGUGUUGUCAUUCUAUAAAGCCUAUAUAUGAGCACAGAUUCAUACUUUCAGUAAGAACAAUGUUUCCUUAAAUUCAGGCAGUCCCAGAUAUGAAUUGUGUACCAUCGGUAGUAAGAAAUAAUACCAUGUUUUAUAGUGGCACAGUGAGCUGCUACAGAAAUAAUGGGCUUGUUUCAAGCAAGAGAGUUAGUCAGAGGCUUAGAUGGGAUGUUUAUUUUUUUUUAUUACACUUUGUUGACCAGGUUAGUCCCACUAGGCCAGUGGCCUCUUUUCAUACUAGACCUGAAAUUUAAACUGACUAUGGAAAAAUUGGCUAGGGUGCUGGGAAACUUCCCCUACUCUUUUUAAUAAAUGCUGCAAGAUCUAUUACAUCUAUAUAAGCUACCACCAACUAAGGCAUAUGAGAUCUUGGUUUAACAUCUCAACCAAAAAAAGGCAUGCUCAAGCCCCCCCCGUGCUGCAUUACAGUGUCAGUAAUGGAAAAUUAGUCCUCAUACCUGGUUUGGCAUACCAGAUUACAGGCCCUUAUUGUGCUGUUUGCAUUUUCAAGGAUUUACAGUGUGUUUCAGGUAUACAUAGAGGUAUGCAGACAGCAAACGAUAGUUCUGUGCUGAAAUCAUAUCACAUUACUCUUCAUAUCCUUAUUGUAGGUUUCUGUUUGAUGUAUAUCAGCUUGCUGGAUUGCCAUUAGAUGUCUUAAUGCCUCAGUAAAAAUGAAAAACGCAGAUGUUGUCUUUGUGUAACAGUAAAGACAUGUUAAUUACUAAAGUUUAGUAAACCUCCACUUAUUGUCUUUUCCUGGUAGCAUCUCUUUUAGAGAGGGCACGCUGUCUCUCUCAUAGAAUCAUAGGAGGUUACUAGGCUAUUGGCCCUAAGGCCAUUACAAGCCUAGCCAAGAGUUCAGCCUAUGUUCUGACAGGUCAGCACCCAACGCCCCUGUCCAGCAGGGACACAGGUGGAAUCCCAGGGGUGUAUUUUCUGUUCUCCAUCCAGUUAUCCAGGUUGAGCUUAAAAAGGGUUAAUGAGGUACACUGCUUGACAUAGAGAGGAAGUCUAUUCACAGAAGGGGGAGUCUCUGGGACACAAUCUGGGCAUCAGUUUCUGGGAAACUGUAUUCCUUCAUGCACUCCUAUUUGUAACUUCUUUGUCACUAAAGCCCAAAGGAGCCAAGCUAAGCUAAAUGCUUCAGGAUAGCAACCAUAGCUCAGGAUGAAGUAAAAGUAAGAGAUGAAAAACAUGUGAAUGAUCAUUAACUUUGCUCCAUCCCAUUUCCUUUCCAUUGCACUGGCAGCUUUCUACUGAUAUAUAACUAUAGAUGCACAUGUCAGUAUCUUAAGAGCAUCUGAGGAUGGUGGAAACAAUGUGAAGGAUCUUUAGCUGUGUAUCCUUACUCAGGAGUUGUGCUCCCUUCCACUUUCUUUACACUACAUUAGCAAUUUGUACUUGUGUAUGAUUGCAGAUGCAUGUAUUAGUAUCUAAAACCAUCUGAAGAUGUUUACUCUUAUUUUCUGCUGUUUAUGCAGUAAUAUAUAAACAAUGAAGCACCUGAACUCUUCACCACCUGAAGAAAUAGAGUAAAAGAACAUUGUCACUUAGAUGGUUGUACAUACUAUCCCUGCACUAUUUCUAAGUAAUAUCCAGCUGUUAUUGAUCCUGUGACCCUUGCACAGUGCACAGUAGUAGUGCAAGGCUGACAUAUUAGCCAGUUCUGGUUCACGGUUGGUGGCUUUCGCUUACUUUGUGAGAGACCCCUAGUGGCUGCAUUGUUUGUGGCACUAUUGAAGCACAGGCCUCCUGCACAUAUAUUGCCUCAGUGAAGCUGCAUUAGCUGAGGAAGUCUGCAUGCCGAGGCAUGCUUUGUGCUGCAGGUAACAUGCUUAAGUGAGACACUGCUGGUCAGAGAAUCUGUAAGAUAAAGACAGGCUACUCCAGCAGACCUGGGACUGGCCUGCUUCCUGCCACCUGACUUUCAACAUACUGUUGAUGAAUAGGCUGGUUAGACACCCUUGUCUGGAAAAAAUCUUUUUUAGGAGUCUUAUCUAGGCUGGAGAUGCUUAGCAUUUUCUCUGAAUGAACUAGUGAAACAACUGAGUUAAAGGUAUUGGAGUCACUGGGCAGGUCUAGGGGAUGUAGGGGUUAGGAAGGGGGAAUAACAAAUUAUAUAUUUUAUUAAGUCAAAUAUAAAUACAUUUUAUUAAUAUUUUUGGGCAGUAAGUAUUGCAGCAUCUUUUCCACCUGUAUAUUCCUAUGUUGUUUCCUUUUACUUCAUCAGAAAUUGUCAACAUAGUUCAUAAUCAUUACGUUAGAAAUGUGGCAGGUAUAGUUUCAGAAGACACAGAUUCUUGGGUUUUCUGACAGCAAUUUUCAUCUUGCAGUACAUUUUGUACUAGCAAUACUCCCUUUGCAUUCAACAGCCAUCAGCUAGUGACUGUGUAGUCUUCACAUCAUAAUGAGAUUUCUUUAGGAGAUCUCAUAGGUUGCUUUCUACGUGUACCCAGCUUUAAUACAUCUUGUAGCAUAUGGAGAGCUCUCAUUAUGUUCUGAAGUCAACAGAGCUACAUAUGUUAUGCACUUCUCUAAUGUCAGAUCAGUACAUAACAAACUUUGGUAUGCACCUUUUAGAGCUGUUGUGCUGUAGUCUCAUGAUAGAGUGUAUUCAGCAACCAACACAGAACAACACUUGAAAAAUAUAAUGCACUUUGCUCUGCCACGCAAAACCAUAAAAAUGUGGAAUAUCCAACAAUUUUUAAAGCUGUUGGUCCAUCAGAAGUCCUUUAGCUUCUGGUUACCCUCUGUAUGCAGUGCAAAGUGUUUUACAGUUUUAAAAGCUGUAAAACACUUUGCACUCCCAUACUUUUUUCUCCAGAACUCAUAGCACAUCAGGACACGUAAAGCACCAUGUAGUGCAGAUAAUGAUCAUGUUUCUCCAAUCAUACUCCACCUGUUGUAUGUUCUUGAAAUGGAUGUCAAGAUUUUUUCACUAGUGAAGUGAAGUUCUCAACAUCCUUUCUGGAACACGGAGUUUAUGAUAAGAGACAUAAUUGUAAUCUUGAUUGUAAUCUUCUGUAUUAAAAAUUGAAUAAGUUGCUUUAUAUAGUUUACAGAAAUACUUGGGGAAACCGAUUUUCCAUUCCUGCACUGUCAGAGCAUUGAGCAGUGCUGUCAGUGUUGACCAACUCAGAAAUGGACUAUUGAACCCUUUAGCACUACUAAGUCUAGACAAAACAAACCUUGGAUAUAAUACUGUCUUCUCCCUGUACUUCCUUAGCUGAAAUGAAAGGCAGCCUGUUUUGGAUGCAUUUGUAUGACACAUGGAUUGAUUGAUCUCUGCACCCCCAGCAGUGGACAUGUUCUGUGUUAAUUUGCUGUCAAGUGUUUGAGUGUCAGUGAGCCCUUUAACUACUUGGAAGUAUAACAAAAAGUUGUCGAAAUCUCUUCAGCAUCAUACCAUUUUUAAAUUGCCCUCCACCUUCGCAUCAUUGCAUCACUCCAUACCUUCCCCCUUUUUUGUAUCACCCAAGCUCUUUUAACAUGGGCCCCCUAAGACUACUAAAUAUUGUUUGGUAAAUACCCUGCAUCAUGUCUUUGAUACAAAUCUACUAUUUCAUUGUGUUCUCCAUGGAUGUCCACUUCUAACCUUCCUUUAUAUUUAUCCACGUGCCCUGAACUAUUUUCCAGAUCACACAUGACAUGUCUGGUUCUAUACUUCUCUCUAGAGAUAAAAUAAACUUUUUGCUGUAUAUCAAGUUAGGAAAAGAUGUUCUCUUACCUUAUCUAUAAUGUCUGCCUUAGGUAGUAAUUCCUGAAUCCACCCAAGACCCUACAUGGGUUAAUCUGCCCAGUUUUUAACUAAGAGUUACCCUACAAUAACAUGAUCCCCAUCAGUUACUCCCUCAGUGUAGCAGUUUCUCUGAUAUUAACUUCAUGAAGCCAACAUAUCCCCUGAAAAUAUAGCUCACUCCCCAGCAUGAGAAAUCCCUGUUGUCAGCCCAGCUAUCGUCAUUCAUGCAUUCUGACAUCAGUAGUGGAUUAACCACAGCACUCAGUAGCUGCACUAAGCUAUUCACCUCUAAUUUGUAAUUUAAAAUUCAGAAUAUACUCGCUUUUCAGCACAUUGACAAACACUAAAGACUUUCUGGAUUUUGUACCUUUCCAUAAAACAUUCCGUAUAGCUAAACAUAUCAAUGAAACUCAACCAAAGAGAGGUGCUGCAAGGUGGUGGUAACCUAAGUAACUAAAAUGAGCCAAUCAUAAUUUUGGUUGUUAUAACCUUCCCUUCCAAUCGUUUCAGUGAGCUUACAUCAGAGUUUCUCUCACUGUGGACAACAUAACCUCAUCCAACCAAAUGUGUAGACGGUAGCGACGCCACAUUGGUGAUACCUCUUUGGGUGAUGGAAUUCCAUCCUGUAAGUGGAAUCUCGGCCAGUUUCGCUUGAAUCACCAGUAGAUAAGACAACUCUCUAAGUACAUUAAAACACAUAACCCCUGGAGCAUCCUGCAUACAUUUGUGAAGAACAUUUCACAGUCAUUGCUAAAAAGGUUUGUCAAUGAUUUCUGUCUAUACCCUCACAGAAUAACUUAUCCAAACUUCUGUCUAAGCAUUGCAGUCCCAGUUAUGUCAACAAUUUGGCAACAGCAUAGAAGAUUAGGCUAUGAGAAGCUAAGGGGGUGCUUCCUGAAGUCCAGAGUUUUAGUCCCUCAUCCUCCAUUUGUCUAUUGAGUGAUUCUAACCUCGGAGUCAAAUGACAUUUUAAUUUCUGAUAAAAGCAUUGUUUGUUUUAGUUCAUCAUUUUAUUCCAUAUAGUCCCUGUCUCAACAAUUGCUGCAGUUUGUCUCUUUGUUGGGCUAAUUUUAUCAGCUCAGAUAGUUAUUCUGACAGUGAUUCAUUAAGGUGCUGGGUAUGAAACUGAAGUGUAUGUCUGUCAAGUAUCUCACAAGGUUUGGAUUAAAAUGAUUCUUUAUCAAGUUAAA